UUCAGUCACAAGCAUAAUAAUGGUCAACCUAUGUGGUUUACCCUUGGCAUAAGGGAAGCUAUCAAAGGCUGGGACAAAGGUUUGAAGGACAUGUGUGUGGGAGAGAAGAGGAAGCUAACUAUUCCACCAGCCCUUGCUUAUGGAAAAGAAGGGAAAGGAAAAAUUCCACCUGAGAGCACACUGAUUUUCAACAUUGACCUUCUAGAAAUUAGGAAUGGACCAAGGUCUCAUGAGUCAUUCCAAGAGAUGGAUCUUAAUGAUGACUGGAAACUGUCCAAGCAAGAGGUGAAAAUUUACUUGAAGAAAGAAUUUGAAAAGCAUGGAGCAGUGGUAAAUGACACGCAGCAUGAUGCUUUGGUUGAAGACAUAUUUGAUAAAGAAGAUGAAGACGGUGAUGGGUUUAUAUCUGCAAGAGAAUUCACAUACAAGCAUGAUGAGCUGUAGAAAAGCGUGGCAUAAUUUUUUUGACACAAAUGGCAGUGACUUAGACUGUCUGGUUCUCUUGUCUUAAUUUUGUGUUUUGGAGCUGACAGCUGCUUUUGGCAAAGAAACACUCUGUUUAUAUAAAAGAGAAUUUCUGUUCAUUGUGUACAAAUGUUUUAAACUAUUUUAAAGUAUGAAAAUGUACCUCCUUUUAUGCAGCAGACUUGCACAUCAGUGUGUUUUAAAUUUUGUAUUAACUUAUUUUUCAGAAAUGCAACAAACUUUCCAGUUAUCAAACAUUGUGAAAAUCAAAAUCCAGUUCAGUGCCUUUCUGUGAUUUGUGUGUUUAUCACUUUCAGCGACUUCUUUAUGUAUAACUUCUAGUCUG